AUGUCCCUCCUCAAGAUCCCACUCAUCCUCUCGUCUGCUGUCGCUGUGCACGUAGCCCUCAGUCCUCCGCAUGCCCCACCGAAGAGCGAGGUUGUUCAUGAUAACUUUAAUGAGUGGGUCAUCAUCCAGCACAUUAAAUACGGGCUCCCGAUCGCAAAGAUAGUUUACUGGAGUGUUUCCUUGGCAGAAACAGCUCUCAUCGUCACUCGUAUCACGGACCCCAACACACUUCCCAGCGUGGUACAAAAUACAAUCAGUCCAUUUCUUCCAAGAAUCCAGGACGUGCCAAUCACUCGUCCAUUCGUUCUCGGUACCGCACUUGUUACCGCGGCAGGAUACCUCCGCUGGUCAUGUUUCCAGACCCUUGGCCGUUUCUUCACAUUCGAGCUCACCACCCGCAAGGGUCAUCAGCUUGUUACGAAUGGACCAUACUCCAUCUGGUCUUGCACGGAUCUGCGACCUCGUGGCUUAGACGAUCAGGGAGUCUUAGAUCUCCCUGGAGUGAAACUGGUUCUGCUGGCGUGGUUGUUGGAGAGAACGAUUACUGUGACGAGCCUCGUGCGCAGGAUCAAUCAGGAAGAUGAGGUUGUGAAGUCAAUGUUCGGAGACGAAUGGCAGAGGUGGGCAAAGGUCGUCAGGUACCGGCUCAUACCCGGCAUCUACUAA